UAGAGCAGUUCUCAGCUGAGCUUUCAGUCACAUUUUGCUGAAAAAAUAUAAGCAAUGUUGUCUUUCUGUUCCAGAGCCUACAGUGCUUUAUUCAAUUUCCUCCCGUCAAGGCCCCCAGACACCUACAAUGUGUCGACCCCAAAAGGAAAAGCCAAGAACUCACAGGAGCACAUGGUGGAGGAAGAAGAAUUCGAGCUGAUUGUCCCAGACAAUCCCUCAGGAGAGCUGGCCCAGCAUCCUAAACAAGAUGUGUCUGGAGAUCUCAGGGAGAAGGAACAAGCCCCAAAGAGGCUGAGGCUCAUCCUGGUGGGGAAAACCGGAAGUGGGAAAAGUGCAACAGGAAACAGUAUCCUUGGCCGGGAAGUGUUCCAGUCUAAGCUCAGUGCUAGACCAGUGACCAAGACCUUCCAGAUAGAGAGCCGAGACUGGGCCGGGAAGGAACUUGAGGUGAUUGACACCCCCGAUAUUUUGUCCCCUGGAGGUCCACAAGAAGUGGCAGGUAGGAGCUCCUGGGAAGCCAUCGCCUUCUCCUCCCCAGGGCCACACGCAGUGCUCCUGGUGACAGAGCUGGGCAGGUUCACAAAAGAGGACCAGUUGGUGGUCAGGCGCCUCCAGGAGGUCUUUGGAGUGGGAGUCCUGGCCUAUACCAUCCUGGUGUUCACCCGGAAGGAAGACCUGGAUGGUGGCUCUCUGGAUGAAUAUGUGCAACAGACUGACAACCGGGAGCUUGCCCAGCUGGAUGUUUUUUGUGCCAGGCGCCACUGUGGUUUCAACAACAGGGCAGAGGGGACAGAGCAGGAGUCCCAACUGAAGGAGCUCAUGGACAAAAUCGAGGGUGUUCUGUGGGAAAAUGAAGGCCAUCAUUACACCAACAAGGCUUACCAAUACUCCCAGCAAAACCUUCUGCUCAGAGAUGUGCAGGGAAGGCAGAUGAUCCAGGGACAAGACUCUGGGGAAGGGCCCAGUGAGGAGUCCUGGCUGGAGGGACUGCGCAGAAUCCAGAAGGCAUCUGAGGAAUCUCACAAACGUCUCCUGAAGUGGGCACCUAUCUGAGCAUAUGCUGGACUCCACUGAGGGACAGCUGUUUCUUAUGAGCUCCUUUCAGCCCUGUGCCAGUUUCCAGCCAGUCACGUGUCCUUUCCAUCCCAUGGGUCACUGACCAUGCCAGUCUCCAGAUGGUAAGAGAGUGUGUGUUCCUGAGUGCUCAGCUUCCAUCCAGGUCCUUCAUUGCAUCUGGACCCUCCCUCCUCUCUACUCUCUGCCUCCAACAGCUUUCUCAUAUGGAACCUCUCAUUGCAUUAGCAUUGCAUUUCUUGAAGUUCUUAUCUUUACCCUGAUAGAACUAAAGUUCCUGAGGGUAUAUCAUUCUCAUUCUUCCAUUUAACUCCCCACUUUCGCCGCCCCGCCCCCCACCCCGCCCCCAGCAUCCUGGUCACUGGAGUCACUCCUUAAAUGAUGAUAGUCAAUCAGUGUGGGAUGUUGGUCAGGUGACUUCACACCUCCUGGACCAUGUCCUUGCCCACAAAGGGGCAGGCAUAGUGAGUCUUUAAGUUACUUCCUGUGUGUAGUGGGCCAGGACAUAGCAAUAGCUCAGACAUGAGAAGGACAGCUUCUUGGCUAAAGGGGGAAGGCAGGUGGAAAGAGAGAACCAGAAAGGAGGAGUCCUUUUGUUCACCUCUGAAAGAUGCCAUUGAAUCACAAAUGAGCCCUGUGGGAACUUUUUGGUAGGAAUGAGGAGCAAAGUGGGGUGGGUUAUCCAUGGAGUCAGGCCUGGUCAGGCAGGUGGCCCUUAGACCUGGCUAAGGACAUGGAGGCCUCAAGAUGUACCAAGGGGCUUUGGCAAAGGAGGAGCACUUCGCUAAAGCUGAUGUAGAUUAGGGUUGUUCUAAUUAGGGUCCCCUCUCAUAUGUUUGCCUUCUGAUUGUGGAAAACAAAGAUGAUUUUCAGCCUUACCUGCAACCCCUUCCCUUCUCCUUGACAGUGGGGAGAGGCGUGCAUGAGGCCAGUGUAUGGGUGUGUAGUGGGGUUCCCAGUAAGGUAUGUGUGGGUGUUAAAUGGAGGAAGGCAGAGUAGAAAGGGAACCUGCAAAGGUGGUAGGUGAGUGACAUGAACAUUGUAGGGAAUAGCCUGCCUGGUGAUGGGAGGAGUCUGUGUCACAUGGGUCUUUGUGGAGGGCUGCUCCAGCAGACAGGGGCCUUGGGAAAUGAGAUGGACCAGGAUCAAAAGACAGUGGUGUUGGUCUUGGCCUGGCCUCUGAAAAUGCAGUGCCAUAUAAUGUUACAAAGAGCCCAGCUCAUCUCAGAUGAACCUCAACUUCUCUGUGGAGUCUGACCAAAUGAUGGAAAUGGGAUAGCAGGGAACAGGGAAAUACCUCACUACAGACCCUUCUUUACCUUUGUCAAGCCAUGUGGCAGAGGGUCUCCAGCUCCCUUCUUUAGGGAGGGGUGGAAAGUGGAGGUGGGGGUGACAGUACUGGGAGACACUGAGAAAUUGAAGAUGCAGCUUCAGGUAUGUCUAGAUGCUUACCUGCUGGUCAGAGAUCUAUUGUCAGAGGCUCUCUCAGGACUCUGGUCUCCCAAUCUGGAGACCAGGGCACCCCCUGACCCAGAUACAGGGGACGUCUAAGAAAGCCAGAGCAUUUGUUGUGCUGAAAGUUUCAGGAAAGUGUCUCAAGGCAGAAUGAGGACUUCUUUUGGUUCAUACCUAAGACAGGCUUCAUGCGUGACCCAUUGAUUACAUCAGCACUCCACUUCCCUUGGACCAAAGCACUAUUAAGUCUUUAUACUCCCCAAGACUCAUGGCAGGGUUUUCAGUUCUGUUCCUAUCUUUUUUUUUCUCUCCUUAUGAAUAAA